UCGACCGCACGUUCCUGAUUUCCGUCAACAUUUUGCCCAUGAUACUGUAAAUAAAAUAUUUACAACACAAGUAUUGUUAAGCUUGUGCGCCCGACAAAGAAACCUGUGCUUAAAGUGUUAUGUGUUGUUUAUGUGUAACUUGUUCGAUAAACGGUUACCUACUUAGUGACAGUGAAUAAUAACAAUAAUAAUAAUAUGGACAAGUUUUUGGCCUAUAAAAUGUUCGAUGAUCUCCUUUGAUGGGGCAAAGACCAUUGUAGUCUGGCUGUAAGGAAAGGAAAUGGCUCACUCUGACUUGGGUGCUUCGCAGGCGACUACGGCCGACCAGGAUCAAGGCACCACAUCAAACAACGGUCAUGGGCCUAAGCAAACUGUGCCCAGCAUCUAUCCUCUUGGAACCCCGCGAAAUCCGCAAGCUCAAGCCACGACGAUGGCUCUAGAGCAAUAUCGCCUGCAGCUGUACAACUACGCCCUUAAUAUUGAACGAUUUCGAUGCCCCCAAUACGGAGGCACCGGAGGCGCCGGCGCCGGCGCAAAUGCUCCAUGGCUGCACCUAAGUCCUUACGGACCCCAUGCAUCAGGCAAUAUUCCUGCAGUAAACCGAAUGGCCGCGCUCUCAACCAUUUCACUUUUCCCCCAAACGCAACGCAUAUUCCAACCCGAGGAGCCUAAGCCGCAACACAGCUACAUUGGUCUCAUAGCCAUGGCCAUUUUGAGCUCAACUGAGAUGAAGUUGGUCCUGUCAGACAUUUACCAAUAUAUUUUGGAUAAUUAUCCGUAUUUUAGAAGCCGCGGUCCGGGGUGGAGGAACUCCAUCAGACAUAAUCUCUCACUGAAUGAUUGUUUUAUCAAAUCUGGUCGCAGUGCCAACGGCAAGGGGCACUACUGGGCAAUACACCCAGCCAACAUGGAUGAUUUUCGAAAAGGCGAUUUCAGACGUCGUAAGGCUCAGCGUAAAGUCCGAAAGCAUAUGGGUCUGUCGGUGGAUGAUGCCAGCACUGACUCGCCCAGCCCGCCGCCCUUGGAUCUCACAACCCCACCUCCGCCCAACUCCCAGUCCGCAGUGCAACUGUCGUCCCUGGGUUAUCCCUACCACCAUCAGUAUUUAGGCCAGUUCCUUAAUCGGAGCUCAGCACCCGGCCUGUCACAGUACUCCUGUGCUGAUCCGGCCAUAGUGAUGCAACGACAACAGGCCAACCAUCUGGAUCAGGUGAUCCAACCAGCCCAAGUCCAGCAGCAACAUGGCCAGCAUCAGCACAUUGCAUAUAUCAACUCUACCACGACAACGACCAUUGCAAACAUGUUUUCGCAGACACGGAAGCGUCAGUUCGACGUGGCCUCGCUACUGGCACCCGAUGUCCAGAUCGUUGAUAUUGUCUCUGAAGAUCAAGAGUCCUCAGCCAGGCCAGCGACCACGGCGAGGACUACGACUCAAACGCAUCACACAGUCAUUACCAAGCAAACUAUACACCGCGAAGUGGUUUUGGGAUUGGAACAACCUGUGACUGAUGCCGACAUUGACACUGAUAUCGAUGUUGAAGUUAACGUUGAUGUGGUAGAAGAAAGUAUUAAUCCCGAUCCCGAUUCUUAUCCGGAGACGGACGACCAAGAAAAUCGCGGAGGAACCAUGAAGCAAAUAUUUUCCGUUGAGGACAAUAACUCGUACCUAAGCGAUGGCAGGCUGUCUUCAUUUGAUGCCGACCCCGAUCACGAUCCCGAAGACCUUGAACAGCACAACUACUCAAUUUCCAGCUCGGCAGCAAGGUCCUUGGGCAGUAGUAGUAGCCAACACGAGGAGUCUAGCUCACUAGAGGAAUGUCCACUGGCAGAGUCCACUGCAGGGCCCCCAACUGCCGCGAGGCCGUCCACCCUGGCAGUAGCCAUUCCAAAUGCAUAUAUUGAACUCAACCAUGUUGAUCCGCACAUGCUAAGUAGGUACUACGGGUCAUACAUGGCCGCAGCUGCGCGAAGAGCUAGUAUAGAGGCGUCGAAAACAACAAGGCCAUCUUCUAUCACGCCACCACCAAAAAUCGAAAUAGUCUCACAGAAGUAAUAGACCAUAAUAUAUUCUAUUGCAACG